AUGCCCACUCAAACCGUCUUCCAAGCAACCUUAACCUCCUCAUCGGCGAGCCCGACUUGCACGACCGCGAUCCCAGACAAGUACGGCUAUGUCCCGCCCGAUUCAUGCAACGCCAACUACGGCUUCUACCCACAGUGGGAGGACAACACUGCGUUUGCGGUUGCAUUUGGCCUGUCCACCGUAGCUCACCUCGUGCAAGCCGUCAUUCUCAAAAAGUCUUUCUGCUGGGUCAUCGUCAUGGGCGCCUUGUGGGAGUGUGUUUGCUUCAUCCUGCGGGCCUUGGGUGCAAGGGACCAGCAAGAAUCGACGUACAUGAUCGUGUCCACUCUGCUGUUAUUGCUGGCGCCACUAUGGAUCAACGCCUUUGCCUACAUGACCGUCGCUCGUCUCGUCCACUUCCUUCAUCCACGACGCCGCCUCGCCGGUCUUUCUGCACAGUGGCUGGCAAAAUGUUUUGUUGCCGUCGAUGUUCUAUGCUUCAUCAUUCAAGCAGCAGGCGGUGCGAUGCUUGCAGAUCAGAACAACUCAGAUACUGCAGAUCUGGGAAGAAAGGUGUAUAUGGCUGGGGUGGGUGUUCAGUUGGGUUGUGUUCUUGUCUUUUUGGCCAUUCACACUCUUUUCCGCCGGGAGAUUUCUCGCAAUGCGCGCACUGGGAAGCUCAGAACUCGGAGCCUGUGGACCAUGUCGCUGCUGUGGGUUAUCUAUGUGGUUCUUGCCCUGAUUGUGGUCCGCAUCAUUUUCCGUCUUGUUGAGUUCAGCCAGGGCGUCUCUUCAUCCAACGUCAUUCUACGCCACGAAGAGUUUCAGUUAUAUUUGGAUGCGCUACCGAUGCUCAUUGCGGUGGUUGUACUGAACGUUGUGCAUCCAGGCAUGGUGUUGCAAGGCCCCGAGAGCUCAUUCCCACCAAUCAGGUCGAAGUGGUGGCAUGGCCGGUCGGUCGCGUUUGAGACGUUGGAGCUCUCUUCAAAUGAGAGGAGCUAG